AUGAGAGUUCGCCUGUCGCGUGUCAAAGGGAAAGGUCAUCGACGCAGAAUUGUAGCAACGGUCUGUCACACGACCUUAAACCAUCGCCCAUCCCUCUCUUCCUCUCUUCCUCUCUCCCUCUGUCUCUGUGUGUGUGCAGACGGCGUGGGAUGACAUCCACAAGCUGCGGCAGCGGGUGCGGCAGCUGGAGUCGUCACUCGUCGAGGAGCGCCAGCAGAACUCACUGAUCACCAAACAAGUACGCCCACCCUCUCUGCCAGAGAGAGCGAGAAACGCCUCCCUCUCCCUCCCUCUCCCUCUCCCUCUGUGUGUGUGUGUCAGAUUGCCCAUUUGAAGAACGAGCUGCGGGCCGCGGAGGCGACAAAGUCGGUGACGGAGCUGGGCAAUCAGAAGGCGCCGAUGGAGUACCUCAAAAACAUCCUCAAGAGCUUCCUGGAGACCGAUUUGCCCGGGUGGGUCAAUCGCUGGGGCGUUGGGGCGAUUAGUCGGGCGUCAUGUCAUGCGGCCUGUCUGUCUGUUUCUGCGUGUGUGGAUCGUUCGAUCGGUCAUUCUUUCAGGGGCGCCGAGCACGAGAGUCUGGUGCCCGUGCUGCUGACUCUGCUGCACUUCCCCCAGUACGACACACCUAACCAACACGCCGAUCAACCGCCGUAUCCACCUCUCUCUGUGUGUGUGUGUAUGUGUGUGCAGGGAGGAGGCGCAGCAGAUCACCGAGAAGCGGCAGAAGCUGAGGUCGCAGUCGUCGCUGCCCUUCACCAUCCCGAUGACGCUGGGCGGUGGUGGCAAGACUUGAGUCUUGUCUGUCUCCUGAUGGCUGGAGGGAUGGCUGGC